AUGUGCGAGCGGCCGAAGAUCCACGUCUUCCUGGGGGCUCCCCCUCCCUCCUCUGGCCCGGCCUCAGUGUCUGAAGUUGGGGCCGAGAGUGUGGACCGGCCCCCUGCUGGGUGGGGACACCUGGAGCUCACCUGGACGGACGGACACCUGAGGCCUGCAGCAGGAACCCGUCCUGAGGAACCCGGUCCUGAGGAACCCGGUCCUGAGGAGGAGGAUCAGUGUUCGGCCUCAGUUCAUCAGUACCUGGACAGCUGUUUCCCAGCAGCUCAACCUGGACCUGAACCUCGGCCUCCAGCUGUCCCUCCUCUGUGCCCCAGGACUCAGUACCUCACCACCUGGACUCUGAGUCAGGCCUUAAUCCUGAGAGGCAGGCACAGCAGCCAAUCAGCAACCAGUCCUGAGAAAACCCCGCCUCCUCGAACCCCACCCUCCACCUCCUCCGGCACCCCGGAGCUCUUCAGCCCCGUGACCCCGUCACCCGGAGCCUCCGCCGAGCUCUUCAGCCAACCCUGCUCUACCCCAAGGGUGGAGGAGGGGGGCGUGGUCCUCCAGCCCACCACAGAGGGGGUGCUUUGCUCCCAGGAGGCCGAGUCCACGACCGCCCUCGACUCCCCCGCCAAGCCCCCCGAUUCCAAGAGAGCUCGGGUCUCUGAGGAGUCCAGGACCGAGGUCCCAUCAAACAGCUCCACAGGAGGACUCCAGGGUCCCACCACACCCCUGGUCCGGUGCCACACACCCAGGGUGAGGUACUCGGUCCUGGUGGCGGUGGUUCAUCCCUGUCACCUGAAGGAGGUCCAGGUGAAGUCCGGGCCGUCGGCGGGGACGUCUGUUCCUCUGGCGUCCAUCGUGGUUAUUGACCAAUCAGACGUGGAGAUGAAGGUGGUGCUGUGGCGGCGGGCAGCGUUCUGGGUGCUGACCGUGAGUCCUGGAGACAUUCUGCUCAUCACAGGACUGCAGGUGAACGAGAACAGGUGGAGUGGAGAGACGGUGCUGCAGUCGACCUUCAGCAGUAAACUGCUCAGCCUCGGACAGGUGACUGCCUCAUCACCAGUUCCUCAGCAUGUCAGUGCUCGCUCUCUCAGCUCUCUGUUUGGAUUUCUGCGGGAGCGGCGUCCCCUGCUUCUGUCUCUGCCCCGCCGCCCCCCCCAGGACCUGAGACGCCUCCCCUACGCCGCCCUGAGGUCACUGCGGGUCAACAUGCUGGUUCACGCCCUGCUGCGUGUCACACACACACACCUUAGCUCAGCGUGGCGCAGUGAGGCGGAGUCUCGCUGCAAGUCGGCGGUUCAGCUGAAGGCUGUUGUGACUGUGGAGCAGCCGGACGGUCAGCAGAGGGCGCUGCUGCUGUGGGGGGGGGCUGUGGACUGGCUGCCUCGCUUCAACAGAGACAGAGCGGUGGUCUGGGAUUUCCACAUCCUCCUGGUGAGGGAGGGUUUGACCUCUGACCUCCCUGAGCUGCACUCCACCCCCUGGAGCUCCGUCCGGCCCCUGGACCCCACAGACCGCCGGGCGCAGGACUUCCUCCCAACACGACGCCACCAGACAGGAAGCAGCAGCAGCGUGGAGCUGGACCUGGACACGCUGCUGUCCCAGAGACACAGUGGUGAUGUGGAGCUCAGAGUCCAGGUCACCUCCUUCCACUUCCAGGAUGCUCCGUCCUCCCAGAAUGCACCUCAGCCGGUCCUGGACAGCUCCACGCCGCUGGACGGUGUCCUGGAGGCGCUGAGCGGUGACGUCACCUACACCGGCUGCGGGCGCUGCUGCGCUGAGCUUGAGACCGACGCCAACGGCAUCUAUGGCCCCUGUUACCCCUGCCUGCCCCACACCGCCAUACGCCGCUACUACAGGCCAGGUGUGCUGACUGUGAGUGGGCAGGGCAGCAGUCAGGUGUGUGUCCAGGUUCCUCCUCUUCCUCUGCUGAAGAUCCUCGAUGCUCCACCUGAUAAACUGCACAGGAUCUCAGCUCCAGGCUCGCAGGUGAAGCACAUCCAGGUGGCAGCAGAGAGGAUCCAGAACUUCCUCUCCCUCCCGAGGAAAACCUUCAUCAUCACCAUCCGGAGCCACUUCCUGUGCGACGAGAACAGCGUUCCCCUGUAUCAGGACUUCACUCUGCUGGACUUUCAGUUCUCCAGCUGAUGGACUGAGUUCUUUCUUCAGCAUCUCCAAGACCAGGAACAGCAGAGCAGCAGCGUCAUGAUGAGAGCUAAUGAUAGCAUGUUCGGCUGACUAGCUUUACUGUUACAGUAGCAACUACAGAGGCCAAAGAGAGUUACAUGAGCUACAUACGUUAGCUUGUUAGAUUAAGGUGAGUAGUGCGCAGUGUUUUCAACCAGCUCCUGUUAGCUUGAUCACUGUUAGCUCGAUCGGUGUUAGCUUGAUCACUGUUAGCUCAAUCACUGCUAGCUCAAUCGGUGUUAGCUUGAUCACUGUUAGCUCGAUCGGUGUUAGCUUGAUCACUGUUAGCUCAAUCUGUGUUAGCUUGAUCACUGUUAGCUCAAUCGGUGUUAGCUUGAUCACUGUUAGCUUGAUCACUGUUAGCUCAAUCUGUGUUAGCUUGAUCACUGUUAGCUCGAUCAAUGUUAGCUCGAUCGGUGUUAGCUUGAUCGGUGUUAGCUUGAUCACUAUUAGCUCGAUCAGUUUUAGCCUGAUCAGUGUUAGCUUGAUCAGUGUUAGCUUGAUCAGUGUUAGCUUGAUCAGUGUUAGCUUGAUCAGUGUUAGCUUGAUCAGUGUUAGCUUGAUCAGUGUUAGCUUGAUCAGUUUUAGCCUGAUCAGUGUUAGCUUGAUCAGUGUUAGCUUGAUCAGUGUUAGCUUGAUCAGUGUUAGCUUGAUCAGUGUUAGUUUGAUCAGUGUUAGCUUGAUCAGUGUUAGUUUGAUCAGUGUUAGCUUGAUCAGUGUUAGCCUGAUCAGUGUUAGCUUGAUCAGUGUUAGCUUGAUCAGUUAGCUAGAUGACAGUCGUCAUUUCAGUAAAAUUGAAGGUCGUUGACCUGAAAUGAGAAGCUGCUUUGAUCUGAAGUCAGAGACACUGUUGUAAAAUCGAUUAUAGAUUAUAGAUUGUGCCUGAUUCAUAGUGACAGUCAUGUGACAGCUCAAGAAGUUUUUCUUGUGUAAAUGAAUCUGAACGGAUGAAUCUGUGAUUUCACAGUUUCAUAAAACCAUUGUGACAACAUGAACGUGUCACAUAAAUACAACAGAAAGUCGUUUAUUGAUAAAAAAAUGUUAAUCAUUUCA